UACUGCUGAGGCCAUCCCAAAGACAUGGAAAUACUAAACCCAGCACAAUGAUAUUGAGUUGCAGCCGAGGGAUUUAGAGAAGCAAGCCAUACCACACAUUCCCUUCCUCUAUUCUCUUCAAAUUGCAUGACAUUAUAUGUACUAAUUAAUGGUCCUUCUAUGCGACCAUAGCACAAAAUAAACCCAGAGAGGGAACCAAAAGAUGUUGACAAAACGCUCUGGUACCAAUGGGUUUAUUGCAAGGGUGAGAAGUGCACCCUCGUUUGCCUGGAUAUUUCCCACUUUCUUUCUAUUCCUUAUUUCUUUCUUCUCUUCUGGCUCUCUCUCCUGCACAUUCACUAUAACAAACAACUGCCCCCAUACCAUAUGGCCAGGUACACUAGCCGGUUCGAGCUCAGCGCAGCUUCUGACCACCGGAUUCCGAUUGGACUCUGGUCAAACCAUUAGGAUUCCGACCGUUCCAGGAUGGUCUGGUCGAAUAUGGGGCAGGACGGGCUGCGUAUUUAAUGAGUUGGGAGUUGGCACCUGCCAAACUGGUGACUGCGGCGGAAGGCUGGAGUGUGACGGAAAUGGAGCCACCCCGCCUGCAUCGCUCUUUGAGAUUACCCUGGGAAGAGGCAACGAUAAAGAUUUCUACGACGUGAGCAUUGUGGAUGGGUAUAAUUUGCCGCUUGUUGCUGCCCCCUACGGUGUCUUUGGGGGUUGCAAUGCCACCGGCUGUACCUCCAAUAUCAACAUGGGAUGCCCAAAGGAGCUGCAGGUGGUGGGAGGGGGUGGGGAGGGAGAGCGAGAGGGAGUGGUCGCAUGUAGGAGUGCGUGUGAGGCAUUUGGGCUAGAUCAGUACUGCUGCAGUGGAGAGUUUGCCAACCCAACAACGUGCAGACCAACCUUCUAUUCGAGCAUAUUCAAAAGGGCUUGUCCCAGGGCCUAUAGCUACGCUUUUGACGAUGGCACCAGCACAUUCACAUGCAAAGCAUAUGAUUAUGAUAUUAUCUUCUGUCCCGAUGUCAAUGGGAUGAAGAGAUCAAAUAGUGGAUUUACUUUUUCAUCAAUUCAAGAGAGCAGUAAUGCAGAGACCAGAAGGAUGGUUUCCUCUGCAUUUAUAUUUUUAGCCUUUUCGAUGUCAACCCUUCUCAUCUUAAAUAUACAACUCUAAACAGAACAUGUCUUCAUAACAACGCUGUUGUGAACUGAUAAUUCAAAUGCAAAAGAACCUCCAUGUGGCUCCAAGCAUUGGGGUAAAAAAAAAAGAAUCAAGCAGCACACAAUGGCAUUGAAGGGAGGGAAAAGAGAGAAUUCAUCUUCAGAAAAGCUUCUCAAGAGAUUAUCACCUGCAAGGGUGUGCUAAACUGUUCAUGGAUCAUGUUGGAGCUUACAAGAUAACCUGGAGCAAGAUCAAGAACCAAACUAAAUACACCAAGCUGUUAUAACUAAUAUGGGCAGUUAGAUUAGUUGCCCAAUGGUUGUUAUUGUAUCUAUAUAAGGAGCCUACUUGUAUACCAUAUAAUUCAAUUCAAUGAAGAUAAGAAAUAUUAUUCUUCUUGCUUU